AUGGGUUAUGGGGUUUCUUCUAGUUUGAGGAGGUUUUGUCUCUAUGACGAAGUCCGAUCUCAGAUGGUAAGAAUUGUAUCUUCGAAUAUGGAUCCGCUGGCAUGGAUGUUGAGUUCUAUUUCAAACUUGGUGUCAGAGAAGUUCCGACCCAUACCUGAUUACAAGGCCCCACCGUUUGCCCAGUUCAUCUAUCCCUUACUUGUGGAUCUUUGUAAUAUCUUCGCUGAUUUCCCAUCUUUUGGAAGGGCUCUAGUCCAUGCUCAACAGCUGCUUUCUGAUGUGAACAGGGGGCAAGCUGUAGACGGUCGACUAGUUUCUGAAGUUUAUUCCUUCCGGAUUGCUGUUGACGGGUUGACGAUAGCACUGAAUAACACUGCGCUGCUGCAUGGUAACAAAAUGGGGAGUGGUGAUUCUUCCAAAACUGAGUUUGCAGAUCUUCCAUACGAGGAAAAGGCACAAGUGCUCUUUGCACAGGCUCUUCGGAGUCGGGCUAAAAAGUUCAAGACUAUAGUUGCUGUAGUUGAUGCUAGUGCCUUAGCAGGUCUCAGGAAGCACUGGAACACUCCCAUUCCCCCGGAAGUGGAAGAUUUGGUUGAAGAACUUUUUACAGAUUCUGAGGUAGCCGGAGAAAUAUCUAAUAGAGGAGACAAGGAAAGAAUGUUGUCUGAUAAACCGGUGGUGGCAGCAGCUCAUGCUGUCUCCAACCCAAAAGGCACUAGCGAUGGCCUUCGGCAAGUCUCUAUAGGUCCCUCAAAAUUGGUGUCCCCUGGACUUGCUGGUUCAGCUGCAAAAACCUCAGCCUUGAAAGCAACUGCUUCGGCUGAGACAUUCCGGAUGGUGGCUCGUGGUGUCAUCGCCUCCGCUGAGAAAACAAGCUUAUCUGCCAUGAGAACUGGAUUCUAUGAAAUAACGAGGAAACGGCGCGUCAAACCGGUCGGUUUCCUACCUUGGGCAACAUUUGGGCACAGUGCUGCCACUUACAUAGGUUUACUUGAAUAUGGAGAUGGCAUCGAAUGCGCUGCCGAAUCACUUCUUGCAGCUCCCUCAAUCGCCAGUUUAGGUCGAGGAAUUCAAAGCUUGCAGCAGGCAUCUCAGGCUGUCGUGCAUGCUAACGGGAGCAGAAUGCAAAAGUCUAUAGAAUAUUUGAUGUACAAGUUGAAGAAUUUCAACAAUCCACGAGAUAUAGCAGUCCAGUUGUUGGAUUUGAGUCCAUAUUCAGGCAAAAAAGUGAAAAGAUGUAGGGACACUUCUAUCAGAUUCGAUCUCGGUCCAAUUCCGAACGAGGCCCAUAUAGCAUAUUCGCAAGGCCCAGAGAUUAGUCAAGUCAUUUCGACUGUGUCCUCUCUCCAGGAGGCGAGAUCGAUCGAUGAUCGAUCGAUCGUCCGUCCGUCCGUCCGUUCUCGACGAAUCCUGGCGAAUCCUUACGCCCGCUCUUCCUUCUCGAAGAGCGGCUUGCUAGGGUUCAUCUCCUGCUUGCUCGCGUCCUUCAUCGGUCUCCAUUCCCAUGGCGAGGCCGCGUUGAUCCUCGUCGUCGUCUCCAGUGGAAGGGAGUCGGAUGUGGUCCUGAUGGCGCUUUCUUUCGUUCGGAGUUUGCAGUCCCUGUGGCCCUUCUCCAGGCCGAGGUUCGAUGACCUGAAAGCUUCGAACGAGCUGGUCCGGAAGCUCCCGGUUCCCGAGCAGACGAAGCAGUUCGUCUUCGCCGUGGGGGAGCCCGAGUCGCGGUCCGUGGUUUACGUGCUCGCCGUGCAGAACCUGUCCGAGCGGUCCGCGCGGGACGCCGAGUGCUUGAUUAGGGAGGUUCGGCCGGGCGCGGUCGUGGCGCAGGUGGAUCCGUUGGAUUCCGGUGAGGUUCAGCCCGUCGAGUGUGUGCCGGGCGAUGGGGUCGAUUGCGCCGUGCCCACCUCGGCACUGGGCGUUCUCAGGCGUUGUUUUGUGGAUAAACUCAAUAAAGAGAAGUACGAGAAUGUUGCUGGGGGCUUGGUUUUGCGGGAGAUCUUUGGUAUUGGCUUCCAUGGCCAUUUCUUUGCCGCCAAGAAGGCUGCACACGAGGUUGGUUCAUCGUUCGUUAUUCUAGAGUCACCGUUUGUAAAUUGUUCUUCUGGGAGUGGGAAUACCAGUCCGAGUGAAGCUGAUUGCGGGCAAAAUGUUCAAGGUUUGGUCAGUAGCUUGGUUCCACAACGGAUGGGUUCUGGGGUCUAUUCUAGUUUGAGGAGGUUUUGUCUCAACGAUGAUGUCCAAUCUCAGAUGGUAAGAAUUGUAUCUUCAAAUUUGGAUCCGCUGGCUUGGAUGUCUAGUCCUUCGAGUUCGGAUUCAAACUUGGGGUCAGAGAAGUUGCAAACUAUACCUGAGUACGAGGCUCCACCAUUUGCCCAGUCCAUCUAUCCUUUACUCGAGGAUCUUCAUAAUAUUUUCACUGAUAUCCCAUCUAUUGGAAGGGCUCUAGUCCAUGCUCAACAGCUGCUCUCUGAUGUGAACAGGGGGCAAGCUGUAGAUAGUAGAACAGUUUCUGAAGUUUAUUCAUUCCGGAUUGCUGUCGAGGGGUUGAGGAUAGCACUGAAUACGGCUGCGCGGCUGCCCAGUAAUAAAAUGGGAAGUGGCGAUUCUUCGAAAAUUGAGUUUGCAGAUCUUCCGCACGAGGAGAAGGCACAAGUGCUCUUUGUGCAGGCUCUUCGGAGUCAGGCUAAAAAGUUCAAGACUAUAGUUGCUGUAGUUGAUGCUAGUGCAUUAGCGGGUCUCAGGAAGCACUGGAACACUCCCAUUCCCCUUGAAGUGAAAGAUUUGGUUGAAGAACUUGCUACAGAUUCUGAAAUAGCAGGAGAAAUUUCUAAUAGAGGAGACAAGAAAAGAAUGUUGUCUAGUAAACCGGUGGUGGCAGUUGGUGCUGGAGCUACAGCCAUCUUAGGAGCUUCUUCUCUGUCAAAAGUCCUUCCCGUGUCCACGUUUAUGAAACUUGUGACCUUCAAAGUUCCUGCUUCAUUUAAACUCAUGCUGUCUCCAACCCAAAAGGUACUAGCAAUGGCCUUCGGCAAGUCUCUUGGUCCCUCAAAGUUGGCGGCCCCUGGACUUGCUAGUUCGGCUGCGAAAACCUCAGCCUUGAAAGUGACUGCUUCAGCUGAGAAAAUCCGGGUGGUGGCUCAUGGUGUUAUUGCCUCUGCUGAGAAAACAAGCUUAUCGGCCAUGAGAACUGCAUUCUAUGAAAUAAUGAGGAAACGGCGCAUUAAACCAGUCGGUUUCCUGCCUUGGGCAACAUUUGGGUGCAGUGUUGCGACUUGUACAAGUUUACUUGUAUAUGGAGAUGGCAUCGAAUGUGCUGCCGAAUCACUUCCUGCAGCUCCCUCAAUUGCCAGUUUAGGUCGAGGAAUCCAAAGCUUACAGCAGGCAUCUCAGGCUGUCGUACAUGAUAAUGGGAGCAGAAUACAAAAGUCUAUAGAAUCUUUGAUGUUCAAAUUGAAGAAAGUAAAAUUUCAAUAAUGUUAGGUUUUGAUCAUUUUCUUUCGGCUCAAUGGUACACAAGAUAUAGCAGUCCAGUUGUUGGACUUGAGUCCAUGUUCAGGUUUGAUUUUCUGUACAUAGAAGGUUUAACCAUUCCUUGUGCUUA